CAGUGGUGCUCGCAGCUCGAAGCAGCAGCAGCAGCGUUUUGUGUGCAUUUCGCAUUCGCAUAUUCGCAUUCUCGUGCAGCAUAAAUUACAGAUACUACAGAACAGCCCAGGAAACUACAGAAAAAAACUUAAAUUUUUUAAAAUUUAAAUACGAAAAACCACAAGAAAACGAAGAAGCCGCUUGAAAACAAAACGAAAAAAACAUAAACAGUAAUUCUCAUAAUAUAUUUUCAUAUUCGAAGAACUGCAGCGGUUGAAGUGCGAAAAAGGCGGAAAAGUGCAAAAAGUUUGCGGCAUUGAAAACUUUUUAAUUAUUAUUUACGUUUUGUUUGUGUUUCGUCGAGCAAAUGCACAAAAAAUAACUGUCCAAAGUGCAUGUGUGUGUGUGUGAGUGCGUCGUGAGUGUUGCAAAACGGUUUUUUCGACCAGUGAUUGGAAGCCAAAUGUCACUGUGAAAAUGUCUCAACGAGCCAAUUUUAGCAACAUCGAGACAAACAUUCAACGACCACAACAAAUCCGGCAAAGGCAACAAAAUGCGAGUCAGGCAACAAAUUUUGAACAUUUAACUAUCUAAAUAAUAUAAAAAAAUAUAAUUAAAUUGAAAAUAAUUUCGCGAAAUUAAACAAAAUCAAUUUAAAAAUGAACUGAUACAAAAACUUUUUCGAAAAACAACGCAAAAUUUAAAAAUUGGCAACAAAACUUUUUGGUCUUAAAUCAAAUUCAAAAUAAAAUAAAUCAACAAAAAAGCGAUUUUUGGCAAAGCUGCGUACAACAACAACAUCAAAUAAUAUACAACAACUUUAAAUUAUCUUAAAACGUCCACACGUGAAAAUGUUUUGCAACUAAGAUAAAAACAUCUAAAUCAAUGUAAAUUUAAAAAUCAACAAAAGGAAAACCAAAACCGUCAGCAAAAAAAAACCAGCCCAAAGUCAGUUGAAAAACCGAGGGAAAUCUUUUUAGAACAAACGCAAGAAACAGCAAAAAUUUAAGCCACCAAAUUGGUAAACUCUUCAAAAUUAUUGGUUCGGACAUACGCAAUACUAAACACAGCAACACAACAACAACAACAACAGCAGCCAUAGCAACUACUACAGUGAUCACUACAGUAAAAGCAACAGCAGAUAAAACGUGUGUGUUAGUUUGCAUAAAAAUUUCGUUUCGAUAAAAAAGCAACGCAAAAAUAUUUAACAAAAGUAAUCGUAAUACAUGUAUUUAUAAAAUAUAUAUAUAUACCUAUACAUAUAUCUAUGCUUACAAAUUAUAUCGGAGAAUAUUUGGUAAACAAUUUUUGAUAAAAACAAAUCGAGUAAAAUACUAAAUAAUUAGCAACAAAACUGAAAAUCAAAUAAAAAACUAAAACGUUUUGGACGAAGUGCAAAAAGUGCAAGUGAGAUAAAAUAAUAAAAAAAACUUAUAAAUUCAAAAUUAUCACUUGUGAAAAGGUUUACAUCUGAAGAUUCUGGAUUUGGAUUAAUGCGAAAAUUUGCAAUUGAAUAUUAAGCAUUUGGCGUGUUCGGAUUCGGAUUCAGUUUUGAGAUUCGGUGCUCUCACAGUUUCUGGUUAAAUUUCUAUGCCAACGCCAAUAAAUCAGUUAUCAGCAACGAUCGAAGUGGAAGUGAUUAGAAAACCGGAACCAUUCGCAACGAUAUCGGCGAACGUAACGAGAACGACACACAAGAAAUUAACUAAACAAUUGCAAAAUUCCCUUUGGCUAAGGAUUUGCAGCGGCCGAAUUGCUUUUAUGCUCUGCUGGCAGCUACAAAAUUCCACGAAAUUCCAUUUUGGCAACACGAAAACAAACAAAUCAAUUCGCAGCACAACUGAAAACGAACAUCAGCAGCAGCAGAAACAUCAACAUCAACAUCGAUACGCAAAAAUCAUUGGCAAAAAUCGUAAACAACGCCAUCGUUGUCGCCGUUCUGGCGCCGUACAAACAAUUGGUUUCCUGAAAGUUAAGGACACCGAUAUAGCUAACGAUACGGCCACGGAUCGGGACAAACGAGGUAUAGAUAUAGGCGCAGCGACGGUGGACGCAAAACUGCUGGCAAAAUGGAUCCACAGCAGCAGUUCUGCCUCAAGUGGAACAGUUAUUCGUCUAACUUGGCAAUAACAUUCUCCAAUCUGUUCAAAUCGGAUCUGCUGGCCGAUGUCACAUUAUCCUGCGAUGGCGCAGUAUUCAAAGCACACAAACUUAUAUUGGCGGCCUGUUCGAAGAAGUUCGCCGAUCUGUUCGAGAACACGCCCACAAAUGGCCAAUGCGUCAUCAUACUGGAGGCGACCACGCCGGAUAACAUGGCCGCUCUCCUGGAGUUCAUGUACAAGGGCGAGGUCCACGUCUCCCAGGAGGCACUCAACAGUUUCCUCAAGUCCGCCGAAAGCUUGCAGGUCAAAGGACUGUCCACAGAAACGGGACGACUGGCGGCACAGCAGGCACAACAACACAUGGGCGACCUUUCGCCGCUGGACUCGCCGACGGGCAGGCGGAGCAUAAGGAACAGCCUGAGCGGCGGCAACAGCAGCAUCGUUCCCGGCGGAGUGGGAAUCGGUCUGGGUGGAGGCGUGUCGGGAGCGAACUCCAUGCAGGGCAUGGGCAUUGGCAACGGAUUGAGCCUGGCCGGCAUGGCCGCUGCCGGAGGAAUGGCGGCGGCUGCCAAUGCGGCGGCCAGCAGUCUGAGUACCUUGGCGGCCAGUGCGAAUAUCGUGGAUAGAUGCGGCAGUGCCGGUGGCAACAUUAUUGGUGGAACGGCGGCCGGCAUUGGUGGCUCCCACAGCGGUGGAGGUGGAGGGGGAAAUAAUGGAGGAGGAGGAGGAGGAGGAGGUGUAGGACUGGGAGGCAAUGGUGUGGGCAGUGGUGGUGGUGGCGGCGGCGGAAACAACGGACCCAUUAGCCUGGGAAGCGGCGCUGGCGCUGCUCACCAUCUGGGCGGAUCCACCGGCAUCCUGAAGCAAGAGUGCGACUCAAUGAUGCAUCCGGGCGGCAGCAGUUCCUCAUCCGGAAUGGGCUACACCCAUGUGCCGCCCAUCUACCGACCCAUCAACUACGAACCUCCGCGCAAGAGGGCCAUAGUCCGUAGCCCCUACUCCGAGCAGGAGCAGCGCGGUUCCGUGCUGCGAGAUGGCUCCAAGUCCUCCGAGUGUCCCAGCCCCAUCAACAAGCCGCCGUACCACCGACCCUCGUCCAGCGCCUCCUCCACGGCGCCCACCGAGGCCGACACCAUGCACUCCGAACGCGCAUCGCCACAGUCCAGUCGCUACGAGAACCACAGUCCCAGCACCACAGCGGGAAAUGGUAAUGCCAACAGUGGCCUGGAUCGCAUAGUGAAAUCGGAGCGCAAUAAUGGCAGUGCAAAUGAGGCUAAUGAUGACGACCGCGAGCUUAUGGAUGAGUCCACAGAUAACGGAGCCGAGGACCUGCGCGUGAAGCUGGAGAACUUGAAGUACUCACCGCCACCGCCGCCGAACUCGAACACCUCGUCGACCACACCAAAUGCCCUGCUGGAGAACCUCAAGGCGGACGGAACGCUGUCCAGCAAUUUGGCCGCCUCCAUAGCGCCGGCGGACAUGUUGAACGUAUGGAACGCGACCAAGAUGAACAACAAGAACAGCGUGAACACGGCCGAUGGAAAGAAGUUGAAGUGUCUGUACUGCGAUCGACUGUACGGCUAUGAGACGAACCUGCGUGCCCACAUCCGGCAGCGUCAUCAAGGCAUCCGAGUGCCGUGUCCCUUCUGCGAGCGAACCUUCACGCGGAACAACACAGUGCGGCGUCACAUUGCCCGGGAGCAUAAGCAGGAAAUUGGAUUGGCGGCGGGGGCAACCAUUGCCCCGGCCCAUCUGGCAGCAGCUGCCUCUGCAGCAGCGGCGGCAACAGCAGCGGCCAGCAAUCAUUCACCAUAGGAAGCAGCCGCAACAGCAGCGGCAUCAGUAGUCAUGAACGCCCACAAGGAGGCGGCAAAGCAGCGCAAACGUAAAUCACUCAAGAUGGCACUCGAGAAGUGCAUGCAGCGACGGGAUGCAAUGGUGGCGGAGACGACGACGACCACCAACAUCACGACGACGGGGGCAGGAGGAGGAGGAGGAGUAGAUGGGGCAGAGGCAGGGGAAACGGGAGAUGGGGCAGGAUCGGAUGAAGGAGCCGCCGGUUCAGAGGGCACUGAACCGCCGCUCACCUACGAGCAGCAGCAGCAGCGAAUGCAUCACGAGCUGACGCAGCAAAUCCGAGCGGCCAUGGCGGCGGAACAGGCGGCCGAGGCCAUGGAUUCGACCAUGAACACCACGGUUAAUACCACCACGACGACGGCCACCACCACGACGAACACCACUGGGACCACCAGUGAUGGUUGCAGUGAUGCGGAGGCCAGUGAUGGUAGCGAUCGACCCAUGGAAGUGGACGAGGAUCAGCCGCCGGAACCGCAACCGGGUUCCGAACUCGUGGUGGUGGAGCCCAAGAUCGAGGUGCUGUCGGAGUCCGAGGACGACGAGGAUGAUCGUCUGCACAUGUCCGAAGCGGAACCGGAUAUCCAGGCCGAAGCCAUUUACGAUCACAUGCCCAAUACGCCCACCAGCCCACCACACAUCAUACCGCCCAACGAGACGCCCACUCUGACCUCCACGCCCAAGGUCAAUGUGGAGCAAUAGGAUGAGGAGAAACGAGAUGCCCCCCUCAGAGGAUGCCCCCCAAAGAAGCUGCUUAGAUUUAGGCUAAGAAUCGAUGAAGAUGAUAGAGUGAAAGAUAAGUGAUUUACAAAAAAACGAUUUACGCGCGCAAAGAAGAAGAUGAUAUAUGACUACUGGUGCAACUGCUGUUGCCCUCGGAGACCACCUACCAAGAUAUAACAAAAAAGAAAACAAGACCCUUAAACGGGCAAAUUGAUUACUAUAAUAACUGAAAGCAAAGAAUUACUAAUAUGAUAAGAUUUACCACACAUAAACACCAAACACACAAAAAACAAACAAUCAGACAGGACGGACGAACACACACGAACAGAAGGCAGAAUUUGAAGACCAACUUUUUGCAGAUUUUUCAUUACAAAUUUGUGUUUAAAGCCACACCACCAACAAUAAUAAUGAUAAUACAAAGUUAAUGCAGCAAAGAAACACAAGACAAAUGCAACAAAAUCCAAAAACCAAUAUAUGGCAGCAAACAGAACAUUGAAAUAAAUGCAAUCCGGCUGAAAAAUCGUUUUCAGGGUGCUAAUCAAACAAAAAAACACACGCAACAAUGCAACAAUGAAAAACAAAUUAAAAACUAAAACUAAAUGAAAUAGUAAAAUGCAAAAAGUUUGAACGUUUUUGAUUGGUACCGCCAAAAAAGUGUAGCAAGCAUAUUACAAAAAACAAAACGUUGAGAAUUUGUUUAUUCGUGUGUGUUGAAGGGAGGAGAUCGAUUAGAUCGAUUAGAUUAUUGUCGCAUAUAUUUUUGAUUUCCUAUAGAAACGUCACAAAAACUGCAAGUUGCCUCAAAUCAAACGAAACGAUAAUGCUAAAACAAAAAAUAAAAAAAACUGAAUUUAAUGAAACGUGAAAAACUAUUAAUUAAACACUGCAAAACAAAUAGCUGCAACAAACAAACUACAAAGCAACAAUAGCAACAACAAAACCGCAACCACAAGUACCUGCAAUAAUAAAAUAGUAUAAACAAAAGAAACAAAAUACAGAAUAGAAGAGAAACGCUGAGUAAAAACCUAGGGAGGAGCCAGGAUUCGAGGGUCCUUGAGCACCCCACUCGGUUAAGAUGGGUCCUCACUUCCCCAAACGACUGCCCAUUUGUCCAAGUUUUUUGUAAAUAAUUUUAUUAAAUUAAUAAUACGAAAAGGCAAAUUGGUCAAGGAGUAGGGCCAAGUGAUGUGACCACUUUUCCAUGGGGUAAGACAAAGGAUUCCAGGGGAUCUGUGCUCGAGAACAGAAAAAGAUUUGCUUUAAUAACAAGUAACAUUUUUGUUUUGUGAUUUUUCAUAUUGUUUUAUGUUUUAUUCUUUCAAGUUUAGGCCUCAAAAUUUCAUACAACUGCUUUUCGGCUACAAAAAAUACAAAAUUCAAAUUCAAUUCCAAAUUCAGAUGUUUCUAAAGAAGUAAAAAAAAAACAAUUGGUAAAUUGGGUGCCUAUAAGAAAUAUAUAAUUAAAUGACUACUAGUAAAAUUUUAUAAACAAAGAAAAAAUAUAUUUAACGAUGAGAGAGAAAAGCAAAUAGCAAAGAAAACGUAAAGUAAAUAUAAUUAUUUUUUAAUUGAAUAAUUCUAGCCAAGUGUGAAACAUGUUAAUUAACAAACGAAAAUAUUAAGCAAAAACCACUCAAAAACGUUCUCAAAAACUUGAUGGCAACAACAAAAACAACAACAACAAACAAACAGCAAUAAUUACAGCAAGAAAACGAAAUUCAAAAUCAAACUUUUGGCACACCUUUGGAAAACAUUUUUCGUACAACAGAAAAUUACCCAAAAAUCCAACCAACAAAAAUUCAAAAUUCCUUUUUUCGGCUCUUAUAAUUUCGAUGGCUACAUGGGAAAAAUUCCCAAGAUAAAAACAGAAUCCACAAAAAAGAAUAAGCUGUAAAAUACUAAACAGAAGUGAAACAAUUUUGUUGUAAGCGAAAGAGAAGAAAACUAGAAUGGAAAUCUAAGAGAAAUGCAAUUGAAAAUAUUGAGAAAAUCCGCCAGCAAGUGAAGGGCGGACCAAGGCAAUCAUAAGUCUUGAAUUGUAAAUACAUUUAUUAUUACCGCAUAUAUAUCCAUAGCAUAUAUAUGUGUGGCCUCAGUUGUAUAAUGAUAAAACCUAGAUCUAAUAUAAAUAUAUAUAUGUAUACCUGUGUAAACAUAAACUACUAAGCGCAUAUGUAGGAACACAUUAGGCUCGCCAACAGAGAGAAAGGUUUUGAUUUUAAACUUAUUGUAACUGUCUUAAUUUCUACGUUUUCCGUGUUAGCAAGGCAAUAGAAAGGCGAAGAUCCGAUGAUAGCUACACAAAGGGUGAUCCAGAAUCCAUAGAACCGUAAAAUAGCCAAAAUGUUGAAUAUUAAACUACUUUUAUUAACUGUUGAACCACAAGAUACACCCCACACACGAAACACAAAGCCGAGUUAAAAUAGAUUUUCUACCCAAUAGAAGAUGCAGACUACCAACGUCACCCCGACCCCCCAGUUUGUUCUGUGAUAUCGUUUUGAAGUUGCAAACGAAUAGAGCGUUUUUUCUUCGUUUAGUUCUUUUUCGUUUUAUGAAUAAUUUGUCCUAAUCAAGAAACGACAACUCGAAUUUUAAUUAACAUUCGUGUUGAUGAGGAGAACAGAAAUAAUUGAAAAGGAAGCAGCAGCAACCGAAAAAAGCAAUAGCAAUAUUUAAAAACCAUUCAAGUCUGGCAAUAUUCAAACCAAACUACCUCUUCACACCCAUGCAGAUUAACCCCUGGUUGCCGGUCCGUUUUUUGCACACCCCCAUCAACGUUCGCUGGAGUCUGAAUUACAUUUUAUUUUUAAGUACGUUGAUGGGGCACAAAUUCGCGGAUUCGGCCCAGGGUCAAGCCAUCAGUCAGUAAUUCAAUCCGUCAGUCAGUGAAUCAAUCAAACAAUAUAAUAUUUAGUAAUCAGGGGUUAUUAAGAUUAACCAUAUUUUAAUUGAUAUAUAUUUACUUUUAGUUUAACUUUUAAUUAGUUCUUAGUUUCGGUAUUCGUUUCGUUUUACAAUUAGAGUCUAAUCAAACUCAGGAACUCAUAUACCUCAGGAAAGAACCUACCUCUUUGUGUUUUUAAUCUUGUUUACACUAUUUUUAUUAUUAUUAUUACGAUUAUAAUUUUUGGUUUGCAUGGGACAAACAAACAAAUGAAAAAUGAACGAGAGGAGAAACACAAAUGAUGUUUUGUUGUAAUCGAAGAUGCUAUCAAGGAAAGCUUUAGUUCUUAGUUCGAUUAUCGGUUAGUUAGUGGCUAGCAAUUAUGUUUAGUGAAGACUAAUUUUAAAUGUAAAAGACACAAUCACACAUGAACACACAAUAGCAAUAAUAAUGGGAAACCAAAACCAGAUCGAACUGCAAUAGUAAACUGAACUACCUCAAUUAGCCAUAGACUGCGCAGUAACGAGAUGAGCAUGAUAUAACAUAAAGAUUUUCCAAUUCCCCACUUUAUUUUCAUCUUUUUGUAAAAUGGUGACACGUUUAGAAGCACUCAGAUCCACACACAAAACUAUCUUUUUCUAUUUAAAAAUGGAUAAAUCCAUUACAGAUUUUCUUUUUAGACGUUUUCAUGUACAUAAAUAUGCGCUAAACACACAGAGCCCACGAAAUUCAGACAAAACAAAAACAUUUAAUGUAAAAUUACAAGAAUAUACCUUUGGCUAAACUCUAAUUAUACGAAAAUAUCCAAAACUUUUACUAUGUAUGUGUAGAGAGCAGAUGAUGUAGGCGAUAUAUGAACCAGGAUUAAGAUCAUUUGUAUACAUCAAUUUCGGCAAAGCAACUAAAUGAGGCAAACCAAACAAAAAACACGAGAAAAACAAACGUAACUCUUUAUAAUCUAACUAUAAACAAAAAUACAAAGAAAUUAUUUAAGGCUACAAAAUUUACCCCAAAAAGGAAUGAAAAAUCCACAAAAAAAUUAAAGAAACGAUCCCAGUAAAUGGUAUACUUUUGCUUGAGCCAAGUCCAGUGCAAGAAUACUUGUUUUGAGCAAAGCAAAAUUAAAACUUAAUUAAAUUCAAAGCAAACCCCAAACGGUUAUAAAAUUUAAAAAAAAUGAGAUGGAAACAUUUUGCUAAACGAAGAUAAACAUUUUCUAAAAGAAACUUGCGUAAAUAAGCAAACUUUACAAAACAAACAUUUUAGGCUUAAACUUUUGGCUAAAGAAAAAAUUUAAAUUACAUAUAACAAAUAUUAGGCACAAGCAAAUCUCUAUGUACGUGCAUCAAUUAAACAUAACUAUUUAUUUAAAAAAAGGAAAAAGCAAAAAUACUUUUAUCUGUAAUCAGAUUUUAGGCCCAACUUUUCGACAAGCGGCGUAAAAUAAUUUCUUUGUAAAAUAUGUUUGCAAACAAAACAAAUCGAAAGAAAAAUCCCAGAGAGCGUAAUUAACUUAAUCUAAAGGUAAAAAAAACACAAAUGUCGCCAUUUUGCAUUUAGAGCGUACAGUAAAGCACACAUAACGUCGACAAAUGAAACGUCACGAAAUCAAACAAUUAUUGUACAUAAAAUAAAUCAAUCAAGAAGAAUUGUGUAUUGUAUAUUCGUAAUUUUUCAAUAAUUUUUAGUUACCCUUACCCUUGAGUUGUAUAAAUUAAAUAAUAAGAAAAUCCAUUAAACAAAAGUGAAACUAAAACAAAAUUACAAAUAUAAUAAUGGUAACGAUACAAAUAAUAGUGUGCACACGUACAAAACAAAAUUUAAGUUCAAUUUAAUUUGUAAAACUAGUGCACCGAACAUUUUGUAAGAGCUCGAUGUAAUUUUUGUUAUAUAUUUUUGUUAGUAAUUGUUUUUCUAUUAAUAUUUAGCGCGAAAUGUCAAGAUGCAAAAUAACACGAAAAAUCCCCCCCAACAAGCCAAUUGUACUUACGAUUACUUUUCAAUUUUGAUAUAAUUUUGUGACACUCAACAGAACCAAGUACCCCUCUAUCCCCACUAUUAUGUUACUUUACCUAAGUUAUUUCAAAUAACUAUAAAAUAAUAAAUGGAGAAAAGCGAUAAACUGCAUGCACCAACCCCAGAUUAAUUUUAAGAGCCAAAAGAAUGUAAUAUAUAUUUUUGUAUAAUUUGUAACAUGUUCUGUUCGAUCGCAACAAAUUGGCUUGUUUACACAUUUUUUCUAAUUUGUAACAAUUAUAUGAUAAAUCUAAAUUUAUAAUAUAUAAACACGUAAAUGCUAAAAACAAAAUGCAACUAAAUAAAUGUUAAACCCCAGAAAAAAAAAACACAAAACAUCUCUAAUUGGCAAAUUUUAUUGGUUAACCAAAUUUAACACAAAACUAAAUUCUUACCCCUACAGUACUGACCACGUUUUGGACUCGAAUUGAUUAUGCCCCGACCCCACUGCCCCCCAAAAAAUAUAAAUGUAACGAAAAUAUGUAUACUAAAGUUUACGACUAUCGAAAGUAAUUUAAAAGAAAUAUAAUGUGUUUAGGCCUAAGCAACUUUACAGUUCAGUUCAAUGCGAAAUUUGAAAAUGAAUAUGAAAUGCUUAAUGAAAUUAGCGAUACGGCUAUAUAUAUCCCCCCCAUAUAUAGAGCAUUCCCCACGUCUCCCCCCUCAAUGUGUAAAUCAAGUUGUUGUAAAUUUGUCUAUCACGAUAAAUCGAAGCAAGUACAAAUUAUAUUUAAUGUAUGUGCGUAUUUUAAUUGUUUUUUAUUUUGUAAUCCCUCAGUUUGGUUUUCGAAUUUAGUUUAUUGUGUAUAAGGUCACACUUGACGACAUACAAAAACUUUUGGAACAAUGACGAGUACAAAAUUUCAGGUAAAACAAACAAAAUUUAGCAGAUAAAUUAAAAUUAAUUAAAUAUAUAUAGAGACGAGGUAUCGAUGAAGAAGAAAUCGUACAAAUUUUUCGGCAUAAAGUAUAAAGUUAAAAUUUUAAGAAUAGCUGUCGGUCUAAAAAAAAAAAGGGACAGUUGGUGUGACUUUUAGAAUUGAAGUUUAGUUACCAUACAGUUUUACCCUCAUUAUUUUUCCUCAAUUUUGGGUUACUUAUUUGACACCAGAAUGCAACAGAACUUGAGUUACACAUGAAAAUUUACCACGUAAAACCAUUUCGAUUUACUUUGUUCUGAACUGAAAAGUUUUCGAAUCACCCAAACGAAAUUUUAACCAUUUAAAUUCAAAGAAGACGACGGUCCACUUGAGAAAGAAGUUCGGUAUGAAAAGUACUUUACGAGAAUAAGGUUAAACAAAAAUAAAUAGUUUUAAAAAAACGCAAAUCCGUUUGGAGCAAACUCAGGGCAUUAUCAAGACUCACGACGAUGUAUACAUGCAUUUAAUACAAAAAAAAACUUUUUUCGAUAUGUAUUACGAUAAAAUAAAAAUAAAAAAAAACGCAUCCGAAAAAACGGAUGUAAUAAUCAUGCGAAACGAUUAUGAACAACUCAGGUAUUAAAUAUUAAAUGAAAUAUUUUUAAAAACUUAUAACGAAAUGAGAACGGCAGUAAAAGUCAGCAUUUUCACAAGUUGUGCAAUAUUCUUAAAGUUUUCUAAAUACGUAAUAGUAUUAAUAAUCUAAUAAAGCGAUCAUGGAAAGCGAAAGCGCAGGAUCAGUGAGUUGAGAUGUUCAUAAGCAUGGAUCCGAAAGGAAUGAGAUUUAGGAUUUGGAGAUCGAGAAUUGAGGAUUGAGAGUUGAGAGGUUAGGUGAGUUUUUGAAGCACAUGAGGACUAAGCAUGUACUUACCACUCCUUAAAUACUUUUUAUUUUUACCACCCACACAAAAUCAAGAACCACAAGGACAACAAACUACAACAAACACACUUACAGAGAACACACACACAUACUCAACGCGAAAUGCGAAAAUAGUGAAAUAAAUAGCUAAAUGAAAAUGAGUUUAUAUAAAGAAGGAAAACAUAAAACUGUGAUUACAUUUGAUUGUCGAAGCGUUGAUAAGCAAAUGUUGCAUAAUUAUUGAGCGAAAGAAAAAAGACGAGAAAUACGAAAUACGAUUGAAAAUGGAGUUAUGUACUAUUAUUAUCUGAAACCGCUUUUGAUUUCGAAUAUUGGCACAAUGUCUAAGAAUGCGACAGAGCAUAAGUAAAUAAAUAUUUAAUUAGCCGAAAUAUUAAACUUCAAAAGAACAACUAAGAAAUACAAAUUAUAAUUAUCUAAGUUAUUCGAGAAUAGUGAAACCUGCCCUUAUUUUACAAAACACCUGUAACAGUUUACAAGACCUUCGAUUUAGUUCACAUUUCUCUGAACGAUUUCUGUAUGUAGUGCACCUUAGUUAAAAAUUAAAGUCUGAGAUUUUACAUUUACUGUAUAUGGUCGAAGUAUACACCUAAAAACGUAUUUGAAGCGGGAAUCUAAAACCAAAAAACGAUUAAUUAAGUUUAUUAAACUACUUACUAAACGAAGCAAAAACCCACACGCUAUGUAUUUGGCUAAAGUUAAUGUAAAAAAAUCAAGAAAUCCAAAGAUUGACUCAAAAGGAUGGGGAGUAAACUACAUUUUCAGAGCAGGCAUAUGAUUUCUAAAUAUGAAUGUAUGUAUGUAUGUAUAACUGAUGAAUACGCAAGCGAAGCAGCUUAAAUAUAUUUUAAACAUGAACUCGGAUAAAAAAUUUACGAUUCUGCCAUACAUUUUUGUGUAACAUAUUAAAAACUACGAGUAAGCUAAAACCAACAGUCACAGAAAACCAAACGCAUUGUAACAGAAACUCACAAAACACGGAAAGGAAAUGGGCAACCAGAAUGGAAUUAAGCAUAAAAAGUAUAUGAACGA